AGUGGCACAAGUGACACUCCAAAGAGGAUGUUUUGUCGUGCAGGUUCAUCGCGAGAUCUAGUCAGCUGUGGAUGACGACUAGCAUGCGCUAGCAGGUUGAAACGAACAAAAUGAUAACUUGGCUUCAACUGACAGGUGCAGUAAUUGUCGUUUAUCUCAUUUGGGAGAGAUUUCGUCAAUGGAGACUUGCAGGAAAUCUACCUGGACCUUCCACUGUCCCCUUUUUCGGAAACGCUCUCUUGUUCCUGGGAUGUGACGUACAAGAUUUUGUUGACAGAGUAACACAGUUGCAGAAGCGUUAUAGUAACAUAUGCAGAUUGUGGUUAGGACAUCAACUAAUUGUCUGUGUAGCUGACUCGAAAAGUUUGGAAAUAAUUUUCAAGAGCAAUGACAAUCUAAACAAGAGUGUGCAUUAUGAAUUCUAUAAUGACUUCUUAAAAGGAGUAUUUGUAGCUAAAGAUGAGAAAUGGAGAGGUCUCAGGAAAAUUGUCAACUCGGUUUUCCAUAACAAUAAUGUGGAGAAUCAACUUAACGUUUUCAAUAAUUGUUUUCUAGUACUAAGCGAAGUACUAGAGAAAAGGAGUGGAGGGGAAACAUUCAACAUUGAUCCCUACAUACACAGAUGUCUGCUUGAUAUUGUCUGUAAAAUCUUUGCAUCUUCCAGAAUUGAUAUCCAGAGAAAAGAUGGAGUAACUUAUUCUGAAGAUGUUCGUUUAGCCACCCAACUGACAAAUCAUAGAUUCGCAAAGAUUUGGCUACACUCAGACUUCAUAUUCAACCAUACAGCUGCAGGAAAAUUGAAGAAGGCUACCAUCAACAAGAUUCUUGACUUUGGCAUGGAUGUAAUCAAUGAGAGGAGAGAAAUUUUGAAUGAAAUUGCAAGCUCAACAUCAGAAGAUGUCAACCCGAAUUCAAAAACAUUCCUGGAUCAAAUGAUGGAUUAUGCUGAAGCAAGAAACUUUACUGACCGGGAGUUAUCCAUGUCCAUUUCCGAUGUACUUAUUGCUGGAUCAGAUACAACGGCAGGUGCCAUUUCAUACAUGAUCAUGAUGCUGGCCAUGCAUGAAGACAUACAAGAGAAGGUGUAUGGCGAGAUCCAAGACAUAUUUGGGGAUUCGAAGCGACCAGUUGAGCUGCAAGACAUGAACCGAAUGCAGCUGCUGGAGAGGGUCAUCAAGGAAGUGCUCAGGCACUGCUGUCCUCCUCAUAUUGCCAGGAGAGUUGACAACAACAUAAAACUUGAAAAUACGACUAUUCCAGCUGGAUCGACUCUGUACAUAAUGCUAUACAAGCUUCACAGGGAUCCACAGUAUUGGUCCCAUCCAGACUCAUUCUAUCCAGAUCACUUCCUCCCUGAAAACAUUGAACGAAGACCAAAGUAUACGUUCCUUCCGUUUGUGUCAGGACUUCGAGCAUGUCCAGGUCAGAAAUUCAGCCUCAUGAUGAUGAAAAUAAUGAUGGUUACAAUACUGAGAAAGUAUAGAAUAACCACCAACGUUCAGCCUUCAGAAGUUGAUCUCUCGUUGGUAUUCAUGCUGGAGAUUUCAAAUGGAUAUAAUGUGCAGCUCACAUUGCGAUGAGAAUCUCAAAAAAAUAUCAAAAUAUAUGUUAAAAAGCGUACUUUUCAAUUUUCGUGUUAAUACAAGUAGUUCUAAGCAAGAAAGUACGGUAAACAUUGAAAUAUCAUAACUUGAUGAUUUAUUAUCAAGUACCUUUGUAACAUUUUUUAUUUUUUGGUGACAUUUAUAUCUCAAGUAAUUAAGUGAGUUGACUUGAAAACAAAUAUUUCAAGAUCUACCAUUUCAAUUAAAAUCUAUUGUUUUGUUA